UUCCAGAUGUGCCGUUUGUAUUGUUAAACAAUGGCCAGAAAAUGCCUAUCGCUGGCUUCGGUACCAGUUUUGCAACCGAGCAGUCAAUUAGGGACGCACUGGAAGCCGGAUACAGACAUUUUGAUACAUCACUUAAUUAUAUGAAUAAAGAUGAAACAAUACAAAUGGAAAUAGUUAUGGGAAAUGUAUUCAAUGAUGUUAUUAGUAGUGGAAAAAUCAAGAGAGAAGAGUUGUUUAUAGUCAGCAAAUUAGAGGAAUGGGAUCACCAGAGAGAUAGAGUGCCCAUUGCUAUUACACAGUCAUUGACUAAUCUGGGACUCGACUAUUUGGAUCUGUAUCUCAUUCACGGACCCGAGUCUACCGAACGCAAAAAUGUGAGUCUAGUUGAGACUUGGAUGGGAAUGAAUGAUGUGCUAGAAUCAGGAUUAACCAAAUCUAUAGGCGUUUCCAACUUUGAUAGGACACAAAUCAGGAGUAUUUUGGGCACAGGUGUGGUUCCAGUUACUAAUCAAGUCAUAUCUAAUCCAUACUGGACACAGAAACCAAUGUUAGCAUAUUUGCAAAGUCAUAAUAUAACAAUGACUGCCUAUUCGCCAAUGGGUGGCAUAACUGAUCCAGAUUUGCUUAAAGAUGCCAAACUAAAUGAGAUAGCUCAAUUUCAUAGGGUUAGUAAUGCUCAGAUAGCCAUGAGAUAUCAGAUCCAACGUGGAGUCAUUGUUAUACCAAAAGCUAAUCAUCAAAAAUAUAUUGUCCAGAAUUUAGACUUAUUUUCAUUCAAUUUAUUAGACUAUGAAAUGACAGAAAUCGAGGCAUUAAAUAAACAUUAA